GAUGCCCAGUGAGCAGCGUCUUAUCCAAUAUAUCUAACAUACCAUGUACUCCGUAUGUGUGUGUAGUACCCAAUUCUUAAGCAGCAGCAGCGGAGUUGUCUUUGGACUUGCCCCCCCCCCCCCUGCAAAGCCCUGUAAUAAACCAAUGUGCCCUGCAGCCAGCAUCUACAGCGCAGCGCAGCGACUCCCGAGGGUACGCAACCCGCGCCUCUGUCGCUCUGUACCGGUACCUCGUCCGAGCCCCACCAUCGGCCGUCCAACCCAUCCAUCCCGAUUGUGCUCAAUUUCAUUCUAUCGUUCGCGCAAACCGAACCAGAGAAAAAAAAAAAGCGGUCGCCUUUCCGCUCUCGCGCUGGCCACCGGCUUUGCGCUGCCGCUACCUUCGCCCCGGCCCUCUCAAAACUUCGCUCCCCCAAGAUUCCGAUUCCUGGUCCUGGUCUUGGUCUUGAUCCUGGUUUUGGUUCUGGUUCUGGCUCUGGCUCUGGUUCUGGUUCCUCUGGGAGGGUCUUGGUUGCCGCGCCUCUGCCAUCUUCUUCUUGCUUCUUCAAUCUCCAUCGGGAAUCCAGUCUUGCUCCAUGGCGUCGUCUGCGACCUCAAAGGCCGCUGGUGGUGAGUGUCUCCCCUACGGGCCCGUCCGGCGCAUCCGCCUGGUUGCUGCCGGAGUCUGGCGCUACGAGACAUGCUUUUGCUGCUUAUUCCAGCGA